AUGGCUGAGAAAGAGGAGGCCAUUGUCAAGAGGAGGGAGAAGAGGUGCCGAGAGAAAGAGGCCAUAUGUGCCACCUUCAUCGACCUCACCAAACAAGCUAUACAAGUCCAAACGUUUGAGGCUGAGGGCAAGUUGCUCGUGGAGGAGAGCCAGAUGCUCGCCGACUUGAGCCUCAUGGUGCCAGGACAAAGGUUGCAGGAAUUCAGCGACGUGUUUCCGGAGGAGGUGCCCGCAGGACUACCACCAUUGCAUGGUAUUGAGCAUCAAAUUGACUUGAUCCCCGGAGCUUCGCUGCCCAAUAGGGCGCCAUAUAGGACGAAUCCCGAAGAGACGGAGGAGAUAGAGAAGCAAGUACAAGCGCUACUCGAUAAAGGUUAUAUCCGCAUAAGCCUUAGUCAUUGUGUUGUUCCUGUUAUUCUAGUUCCUAAGAAAUAUGGUACAUGGCGCAUGUGUGUAGAUUGUAGAGCGAUAAACAAUAUUACUAUUCGAUAUCGUCAUCCUAUUCCCCGUUUAGAGGAUAUGCUAGAUGAAUUGAGUGGUGCUGCUGUUUUCUCUAAAAAUGAUUUGCGUAGUGGUUAUCAUCAAAUUAGGAUGAAAGAGUGGGACGAAUGGAAAACAGCCUUUAAAACAAAAUUUGGUUUAUAUGAGUGGUUAGUAAUGCCUUUUGGUUUGACUAAUGCACCUAGCACUUUCAUGAGACUGAUGAACCAUGUUUUGCGUGAUUUUAUUGGUUACGUUGUCUCUAAGCAUGGAGUAGAAGUAGAUGUGUCUAAAAUUGAAGCAAUUCAAAAUUGGCCUACUCCCAUGAAUGUGACUCAAUCUACUUUGCAUAUGCGUCUUGCUAAGUGGGUUGAGUUCAUUGAGUCUUUUCCAUACAUUAUUAAGCAUAAGAAGGGAAAAGAUAAUAUUGUUGCCGAUGCUCUAUCUAGAAAAAAUAUGCUAUUAACUCAACUUGAUGUUAAAAUUCCUGGAUUAGAAAUACUAUGUGAUUUGUAUGCUACUGAUCAUGAUUUUGCUGAACCAUAUCGCUUGUGUUCUAUUGGUAAAGCAUGGGAAAAAUAUCACAUACAUGAUGUGUUCUUGUUUAGAGCUAACAAAUUAUGUGUUCCAGAAUCGUCUGUGCGUUUGCUCUUAUUGCAGGAAUCUCAUGUUGGAGGUUUGAUGGGUUACUUUGGGCGUGAGAAG